UGUUUAGGGUAAAAUGGACAGAUCGCUACCUUCCUCUGUAUUUUAUAAGAAAUAUUAAAUGUUAAAUGCAUUAUCCUGAAGCUAAUCAGUCAAUUUGUUCUCUUCCCAUACAGAUUGCUACAGUGCUAUUUUUUUCGGCAAAUAACCAACGCUUUUUGGACUGUGUUUUUUCCUGGCUUCUCCUUAGUUCAGAUUUUAACAUUCUUUUCUGAACAUAUAAGGAGAGCCAGUAUCUAAGGAGGGAGACCCUCUGGGGUACCCCGGCCUUGUGCCGGCCCCUCUAUUUGAGCCAAAACAUCUCAGGCUUUUUUCUUUUGCUUCUUUUUUUUUUUUAACAUCUGGCACCAUUUUUUUAACAUCUGGCAUCUGAAGAACGACAUCAUCUUCUUUUAAGAGAGACAUCGACAAAGAUGGGUUUUUCAAACCCAAAAAAGCGCAAGAGAGAGGCGAGGAGUCGUGGAAGCGCCAAAAAGAUCAGAGAUGAGCGCGUGGCCUGCCAACCUGCAGCGAAGAAGCCGGUUCCUGUACAAGACCAAUGGAACACCCUCAGGAACAUCAACAAAGAACAGCACAUCUUCGAGGACUACGGGGAAGAGAGCUACCUGUUCUAUAAAGCCCUAGAAGAGAAAUUCUUAACAUCGGGUAUUCUCACAAAGCAGACCACCAUUGAGGAAAGUUAUUGGCAGGAAGUCACCACCAUUUUAAUUAAAGUGCACAGACACUUUUCGCUGGACUUCUCCACCUUGUGCCUUGCUGUAAAAUACAUGGCAAGGUACAUCUCCGGAAGGCAACUGAGACCUGGGAUCCUGAAACCAGUGGGGGCCACUAGUUUAUAUUUGGCCAUUAAGAUCAUGGAAGACAAUCCACCCAAUGCAGAAGAGUUUGCUGCGUUUUUUGGUGAAACUCAUUACUCACCAAGUUUCCUGGCAUAUAUUGAAAAUAUGAUUCUGUACCGACUGGAGUGUCGCCUGCACCAACCAACCAUAGACUUUUUUCUAGAGCACUUCACCUUAAUGAGUGUAUCCCCGGAGAUGUUUUUUUAUGACAACAUCACUAGAGUAGCCAAUGCUCUUACAGCUGCCAGGGGCAUUGCAGCACUGACCAUGAUGAAGUAUGAAUUUCAUACUUAUUUACCAUCUUUAAUGGCUCAGUGCUGCCUUAACGCUGCUGAACACAUCCUUGGAUACAACUUAAUAGUGGAGUUGCCCAGCGACUAUCCAAGUCACAUAGUGCAGAAAUGCCUCAGAAAAACGUUACUCCUGGCAUCAGCCAACAAGGACUUUUUACACCAACUUAUGCCAGGAGUCUUUCCUGAGGUAUUUCCGAAGUUUACUUCAACAGGAGCCAAGGAGCCAGCCAGGAAGCCCAGCAAAACAUCUGCAAAAAAGCCACAAAAAGAGUCAGGAGCCAAGGAGCCAGCCAGGAUGCCAGGCAAAACAUCGGCUAAAAGGCCAAAUAAAGAGACAGGAGCCAAGGAGCCAGCCAGUCAGCCAAACAAACCGGCAAAAAGACCAAAGAUAGAGGCUUCUGCAAAUGAUAACAAAGCUUCACCAGCGGUGCUCCUCCCUUAA